AUGGAGAAGCAACUGAACACUCAAGGUGGGGAAGAACAACCUUCAACCCCGUUCGACAAAUUUAUUACACCGAGCCCUAGUGCAAGUGAGGGUUGUGAAACCGAGUAUGAGAGUGGUGAGGAGGAACUUACCUCGAGGCUGAAGAAGAAACCUCAUGGAGAGGGAGCAGAUUUCAAUCCUAAGGAUGAUGAAGAACACCAAAGUAACGAGAUCCCACUAAGACCCUGUCUAUUGGAAUUCAACGAGGUAGAGGGAACCUCUGUACCUAAGCUGAUGCCUACAGCGUCCUCAGAGAAGUCUAAGAGGAAACGAGGCCAGCACGGCAGACACCAGCUACCUACCAAGGUGUUUGCAAUACACGAGGUCGGCAAAAAAGGGGAGCCCCUCGAGCCAGUCUCAGUGAUUUCCAAGUUUAGUAAUGCUUGCGGAGUGUUGGUCAGGGAAAGGGUGGACUUCAACAUAGACGAAUGGAAGAAGGUUGAUGUUUUACUUAAGAAUUCCCUAUGGGAAGAGAUUAAGAGGAGAUUCACAUACCCACUGGACACCAAUGAAGAGCUCAACAGGAGCUAUGCACUGAGUACCUGUGCAAAAGCCCUGCGCCAGUUCAGGUGGAAGCUUAACCAGAAGUAUGUUAAGAAGGGGGAGAUGCCUUUUAAAGAAUACGGGUUUAUCACACAGGAAAGGUUAAGGUACAUCUAUGGUCAAACGAAUAGCAAAAGAUUAAGAACAUUUGUCUUAUGA